GCGUGGUCGGGGGGAAGAUGGCGGCGCCCGUGGCUUCCGAGCAGCCGCUGGCUUCCUCGGCUCCUCCGCUCCCCGUGUGUCUGCUCGUGCUGGGCAUGGCGGGAUCCGGGAAAACUACCUUUGUACAGAGGCUCACAGGACACCUGCACAGCCAAGGCUCUCCACCUUACGUGAUCAACCUGGACCCAGCCGUACAUGAAGUCCCCUUUCCUGCCAAUAUUGAUAUUCGGGACACUGUGAAGUAUAAAGAAGUCAUGAAGCAGAGUGUCAGAUAUGGACUUGGGCCAAAUGGUGGCAUAGUGACAUCACUCAAUCUCUUUACUACCAGAUUUGAUCAGGUAAUGAAAUUUAUUGAGAAGGCCCAGAAUACAUUCAAAUAUGUCUUGAUUGACACACCUGGGCAGAUUGAGGUAUUCACCUGGUCAGCUUCUGGGACAAUCAUCACUGAGGCCCUGGCAUCCUCAUUUCCAACAGUGGUCAUCUACGUAAUGGACACGUCUCGAAGUACUAACCCAGUGACUUUCAUGUCCAAUAUGCUGUAUGCAUGCAGCAUCUUGUACAAAACCAAGCUGCCUUUCAUUUUGGUCAUGAACAAAACUGACAUCAUUGAUCACAGCUUUGCCGUGGAAUGGAUGCAGGAUUUUGAGGCCUUCCAAGAUGCCUUGAAUCAAGAGACGACAUAUGUCAGUAACUUGACUCGUUCAAUGAGCCUGGUGUUAGAUGAGUUCUACAGCUCACUCAGGGUGGUGGGUGUCUCUGCUGUGGUGGGCACUGGCUUCGAUGAUCUCUGUGGGCAAGUCACCAGUGCUGCAGAAGAAUAUGAAAGGGAGUAUCGUCCUGAAUAUGAACGUCUGAAGAAAUCACUGGCAAGUGCACAGAGUGAACAGCAGAAAGAGCAACUGGAACGUCUUCGGAAAGAUAUGGGCUCCGUAGCUUUGGAUACAGGGGCCAGCAAAGAUAGGACAUCUCCUGUGUUGGAUCCUUCUGACUUGAUCCUGACUCGAGGAACUUUGGAUGAAGAGGAUGAGGAAGCUGACAGUGACACUGAUGACAUUGACCACAGAGUUACAGAGGAAAGCCGGGAAGAGCCAGCAUUUCAGAAUUUUAUGCAAGAAUCAGUGGCACAGUAUUGGAAGAGAAACAAAUAGACGACCUUUAGAACUCACUUGUUUCUGCAAGUCUAGAACUCUGGGCUUCUCUAUGCCAAGUGCUUACCAGGGAUUCAGGGCUACAGUCCAGAGCAGUUUUCUUCAGUACUUUACUGUUGAGGGGUAUCUGACUCAGAUGAAGUCAUGUUAGAAGACUCAAGCUGGCAGGUGGAUGCCAGUGCUUGGUUGGCCUUUCCCUUGUGUUCAUGUAAGGAAAAUGCACCUUCUGCUCUCUUCCUUCUGAAACUUCAAGUCCAUCAUUUAAACUCAUGUACUUUGCUGAUCAGACUUACUGAUGAUCACUUCAGAGCUCUGUCAGGCUUCCACAGUCUCAGCUUCCACAGCGUUGUGCCCUUGACUACACCUUGGAUUGCUGUUUUUUUUUUUUUAGCAGAAUGUCAGAGCAGAAACAAGCUUGUCAGGACAGGUAGUGGAGUGCCCUUGACAACCACUUAGUGUUGGUGACUUAUACUAUGUAGCUCAUUCUAAACAAUCAUAUUUAAGGGCUGGAGAGAUGGCUUAGUGGUUAAGGCACUUGCCUGUGAAACCUGAGAACGCUUGGUGGAAUCUCCAGGUCCCAGUAGCCAGAUGCAAAAGUGAUGCAAGCGUGCAAUGUCACACAUAUGUGCACAAGGGGUCGUAUGUGUCUGGUGUUGGUCCUGAUGCACCCAUUCUCUCUGUCUUUCAAAAAAAAAAAAAAUGGUGACAUGGAUAAAGUUUUGAGUUUUAACUUUA